AUGGCUCGCCUCUGCAUCCCUGGAUUUCCCUUCCGCCGCGACGACAGGCCCAUCACACGGUGGCGGACACCCGCCUUUCUUUCAUUCCCUCGAACUGUCCACUACCGUGCCAACCCUCCUGUCUCGCCCCGCUCCUUUUUGCCGGUCUCCUCGAAGCCCGGCGUCCACUCCUUUUCCACCAGCUCGACCUCGUCGACCGGUAACCGUUCCUUUUCUCAGAUGAGCCAGGGUUCUCAUCUCCCGGUUCGCUCGGUAAGAGCACCAUCCACUCCUUCUACUACUGCCCCAGCUCCCACUGGGGUGGUGGAUGCGCUAAAGGCCCUUACUUCCCGCCUCGCGGAAAGAAGGGCAGCUCGACAGGCCCGACAUCGACCCUGGGCUCAGCCCAGCUCGACCAGUCGCAAACCGUCCCCCGGACACCCGUCGACCGCCCACCGCAAGCCAGCGCCCACCAAGUCCGCCAUCCGCAAGCCGACCAAGCCGGUCACCCCAGCGCCAAACAUGGCUAACCGUGCUCAAAGAGCGAUCGCACAGAUCGAUCUUGCCCUUGCCAAGCUUGCUUCGGCAAGCCGCAAGGCCAAGCCCGUGAAGCGCGUUCGUUUCGGCGAGACCACUGUGAUCCCUGUUUCUCGCUGGAUUAACCGGUCCGAACACUCCUUUAUCUUUCCGUCCUGGUUCGGUCACCUCCAAGGCUGGAGGGUAGUCGCUCUUUCAGAACCCAACGACGACGGCGAAACCGAGAAGUACAUCUCGACAUGGGGCUCCGACCAGUUCGACAUGCUCCAAACCCACACUCAUUCGAGAAUCCCUUGUGGCAGAGAGGGGUGCGCUUGGGAAGCUAUGAGGCGCAUUAAGCGCCAGCGUCCUGGGUGGACUUCUCAAAUGCUUAUCAAGGGGUUCAACGACUACCGAGAGAAAAUGAGGCAGCGUGGAAAGUUUUACUUAUGCUGGUGUAAUGUCCUGCUGUGA